CCAACACCUUUGAUUCCAGGUAGUGAUCCUGUGAAUUAUUUUAUGGUUGCAGAUGAGGCGUUUCCUUUGAAACGUUAUCUGAUGAGGCCAUAUCCUGGUAAAAAAAUCUCUCCUCAGCAAAGGAUUUUCAAUUAUCGACUGUCCAGGGCAAGGCGUGUUGUUGAAAAUGCAUUCGGGAUAUUAUCAAAUAGAUUUCGUAUCUUGAUGCAACCAAUACAGCUGCCUCCUGCGACAGUUGAUAAAAUUGUUUCUGUAUGCUGCUGUUUGCAUAACUUUCUACGAGAAAGACCAUCCAGGCAAUUGUAUACACCAAGAGAACUAAUCGAUCAUGAAGAUGAGGACUUUAAUUUUAUACCUGGAUCAUGGCGAAAUGAGGAAUCGCUAAGUAAGAUGAAAUCCCUGUGUAAACAAAAUGGUUAUAACACAGGGUCUGCUGAAGCAAAGCUGAUGCGAGAAAAAAUUUGUGCUAAAAUUUAUGUAAAUAAUGAAGGAAAAGUUGCGUGGCAAGAUAAACAUAUAAAAUAUUAUUAAUUUCUCAAUAUAUGUUCCUUGAUUUCUCAAUAUAUGUUAUAAUAAAAGAUAAAGAAAUAAAGAUUAUU